UUUUCCGUGGUAUUAGCCCUAAUAAAAAUGAGGAAUUGGCUUCUUUUAUUCCACCAAACCACAUCCCCGCCGUGUGAUUGAAAUUCAAUGAUGCGUAAAACACGGUAAUUUCGUGAAAUAGAGAAAUAAUUAAAAUGAAAAUGAUUAAAAACGGUUGGCCUCUCUUCUGAUAGUCCCGCAAAAUCAACGAACUACUCUGAUUUCCGUAGUCCGUACCAGCGAAUACUGCUCAUUUGCUUCUAUUGCAACUCAGAGUCUCUCGCGCUUCGCUCGGCGGCUUCGGUCCUUCCCGUGCCGGCGGCUUUUCAGAUUUUCUUCCCGCCCCCGUCGCAGAGCUUUCCGCGUUUACUAGCGACCCUCGCCGCCGGCGUUUCCACCGGAGCAAAUCUAGGACUCCGCCGUCGGCAAGAGCGAGAGCCUGUCUGUUUACGAUCAGAUCUGCGAGACGCCAUUUCAUACUCCCCGAACUCAGAUGCGUGUUGAUUAUUAGCGACUGAGAUCGCUGCCAAUUCCGCUUGCAGCCGUACACAUGGCGAUCUCCAGUCCUAUCACUCCCGGCCAGGUCUCCUUUUUCCUUGGAAUCAUACCUGUGCUCGCUGCGUAUAUCUACUCCGAGUUUUUGGAGUACAAGAGAAAGAGAGUAGCCAAAGAGCACUCGGAUAUCAGUUUAGUGGAAGUGGGACUUGAGGUGGUCAAAGAUGAUGACAAAGCUGUUCUAUUGGAAGGAGGCGGUCUUCAAUCUGCAUCUCCUAGGGCUCGUAACUUGCAUUCUUCAUCUCCUAUAUUCAGGUUCCUUUUGAUGGAUGAGCAGUUUUUGUUGGAUAAUCGAUUGAAUCUUAGAGCCAUAUCUGAGUUUGGCCUCCUUUUGGUGUACUUCUACCUUUGCGAUCGCACUGAUGUCUUUGGCUCUUCUACAAAGACCUACAACCGGGAUCUUUUCUUGUUCCUCUACUUCCUUCUCAUCAUUGUUGCAGCCAUUACUUCUUUUACGAUACACAAAGAUAGGUCACCAUUCUCUGGAAAACCCAUUCUUUACUUGAACAGACACCAAACCGAGGAGUGGAAAGGCUGGAUGCAGGUCCUAUUUCUAAUGUACCAUUACUUUGCUGCAACGGAGUUGUAUAAUGCAAUCCGAGUGUUUAUUGCUGCAUAUGUCUGGAUGACUGGAUUCGGGAACUUCUCGUAUUAUUACGUGCGCAAGGAUUUUAGUCUUGCCAGGUUUGCACAGAUGAUGUGGCGGCUUAAUUUCUUGGUCAUAUUUUGCUGCAUCAUACUCAAUAACAGUUACAUGCUAUACUACAUUUGCCCAAUGCACACUCUCUUCACUCUUAUGGUGUACGGGGCCCUCGGUAUUCUGCACAAGUACAAUGAAAUUGGGUUAGUCAUCGGAGCGAAGAUCGUUGCAUGCUUCUUGGUCGUGGUUCUGAUAUGGGAAGUUCCUGGAGUGUUUGAGAUCCUCUGGGGCCCAUUCACUUUAUUUCUUGGCCACACUGAUCCUGCGAAACCUAACCUACCUCGCUUGCAUGAGUGGCAUUUCCGCUCGGGGCUUGAUCGCUAUAUCUGGAUUAUCGGAAUGAUAUAUGCAUACUAUCAUCCGACAGUUGAAAGGUGGAUGGAGAAGCUAGAAGAAAUGGAAAUGAAACGUAGAAUAUCAAUAAAAAUCGCUGUGUCUUCAAUUGCAGUAACGGUGGGGUAUCUGUGGCUUGAGUACAUAUAUAAGAUGGACAAGAUUACUUACAACAAAUACCAUCCUUACACAUCAUGGAUACCAAUAACUGUAUACAUCGUACUGAGGAAUGUCACCCAGUACUUCCGGAACUUCAGCCUGACCCUUUUUGCAUGGCUUGGAAAAGUUACUCUGGAGACGUACAUUUCUCAGUUUCAUAUCUGGUUGAGGUACGCACUGACUUUGGCUAUGAUCGUGUCAUUUAUUGUUUUAGCUUCUAAAAUUUAAGCUGUUACAAAAUUAUCUCAAACAAACAAACAACCUAUUUCUAGAACUUUCCAACGUAGCUGCACACAAAUUAUGAUAAGCUCAAGGCAAUGUCAUAAGAUGAUUUUAUUGCUAGUUUCGCUCCCUUAAAAUCAGAAUUUAUACCCCAAGCUGACCUGAACAUACCAUCUCAUGUUCCAUCUGAACCUCUUAAUAAUCCAACUGAAUGUUUUAUAAAGUCCUACGAAACAUUCCUAAACUUAUAAGUCAUAACACAUACAAUCUCUUAAUUUGAGAGGAAAACUAGACGACUGAAAACUCCUGCUUGUUUGUUCUUAUCAUUAGAAAUGGUCUACCAGUAUGUUUUGCUUUAUUUUGUCGAUCCUUACUACCUACCUGGUCUGCCAACAACAAACAUAUAAUCAGUCUCGUACUUGGUUGUAAGUUAAAUUUUUUGCUAUUGGACUUGCAGAUCAAGUGUCCCAGAUGCUCAACCAAAAUUAUUGCUAUCUCUGAUCCCAGAAUAUCCACUGCUGAACUUCAUGCUUACGAGUGCGAUAUAUGUUGCAGUAAGUAGUAUAUGGUGUUAUAUGCUUCCUAUGGUUGUUAGUUGUUACGUGGCAGUUUUUUCUGAAGAUUUUGUUUUAUUGUUUCUUUUGCAGGUUUCCUAUAGACUCUUUGAGCUGACAAAUACAUUGAAGAUUGCUUUUGUCCCCAGCAAAGACGAUAAGCGACUGGUGCAAAACAUUAUAACAGCAGCAAUUCUCUCCAGUGUUCUGUACUCGCUGGCUUUUAUCUUUUUGAGACUUCCCCAGUUAAUGGUAAGAAUUAGCUUUUGUUAUUUACCAGCUCAACAUUAUAACUGCAUACUGUUUUGUCAUAGUGCACUCACUGCCUUGUACUCUACAGGUUUAAACUUGAAUGGUCACCACGCAGAGUUCGAAACAGAAACAGUAUAUGCUAGUUCCGUUGUCAUUUUGGCUCUAGUGCAAAGAAUCUGAGCUGGUAAGGGAAUGAGGCUCUUGAUCGCGAGCCAGUCUUGCGGUCUGAAGAUUUUGUACCCUUGUACAGGUGAAAACAAGGUGAGUUAUACGGCAUCCAAGCGAAGAGGUCGUGUAUCCCCGCAUCCUCGAUAGUAAAUGGCUGAUUAAGUGUAGUUGUGAUCAUAGUCCAUAGUUCAUUAUGUCGGGGGAUUUGUUAGAAGCAUAAUGCACCAUUACCUUUGGGAGGCUAGUUUUCUAUCGUUCUGGCAGGAGGAUUUGUUAUAAGAAUCACAAGGUCUAUUUUGUCAUUACCAGUGCGCUGCACAUUUGCCGUUAUUCAUUCAUUUGUUCUUUGGUGUGUAUCAAAACCACUAAUGAUACUGCUUGCUUGAAUUCCCAUACACUGCAAUGUCCUGGCUGAUUAAACUUGUUGAUUAGCGAUGGCAACUAGCGUUGAUACAGGUUGGAGUAGGUAAACUACAAGGAGUUCUCUUCAUUAGAAUAAGCAGCAUCAUCAUCUUCAUCAGUGUAUGAUAAAUCACCAUCUUCAUCAGAAUUUUGUGGAAGUCGCUCCAUUUCUUUAAAUUGGUCCACCUCUUCCCCAGAAGCAUAAUCCCACAUUGCAACCCUCCUUCUCAGCCCAAGUGUUCUUAUAAUUGACAACCCCUCAAUGUAAGUCUUCAUCCGAAAUCAUCGCAUCGUUCGAGUCAAUAACUGAGUUGUUACCAGGCUGCCCUACAAAAUCUGUACCAACAUUUACUUCCUCAGUAUCUCCCAUCGUACAAUCAUUCGGAUCAACAAACUCUGCAUAUGUUGAGAUGGCCUUAGUAUGGGCAACAUCAGCAAGCAACCCUUUCAUCGAAUCUUUGUCAUUUUUCGUCUCGUGUAAACCAUUAGCCAUGCUAGCUCCGGGUGUCAAGUACCAAAUUUUUGCGAACGGAACUGCGUUAGACUGCUCAACAAUACUGAGUUAAUGUGCUGAACUUUGUCCGCAUAGUUUAGCAUUCCUGCCUUCCAGGUUCCAGCCAUCUAUUCUCCUUGUAAAUUUAUCAAUCAACAGUUUGCAAUCAUGAACAAUGAGCUUCCCAGAUGGUAAAUGUACUCCAAGAUAUUUAACAGGGAGUUUGGCUUUUGUGAAUCCAACCAGACCUACUAGAUUAUCAUGCUCCUCUUCUGUUAUCCCAACACAAAAUAGUUGGCUUUUCUCUAGGUUAUAUUUCAGGCAUCAGAUGGACAACUAUUCAGUUUAGAAAAAUGACAGACACAUGAAAUCCAUCCAUAUCCAUCCAUAUCUCAUGCUCAGGUCUUACGGCAUACAGAGAAAGAAAGAAACAAACAUAACCUAUACUUCAUUCGCUCUUAAAAGUCCAUCUCCUCACCAAUUCUGCCCCUAGUAUUACGAAACCAGAUACUACAGAAAAAAGAGGAGCAAGAAAUGGAAUCCUCAUGAAUCAUGGCGGUUGCUCGAUACCCGCUUAAGAUGGAUCUCCCCAGCAUAAAUGAGGAUGAAUUGUGCAAAAAAAUUCAUCAGCCAAAAUGCAAUGCCUGUGACAGGAACUUAAACACAAUUUUAUCAAAUAAAAGCCACCGGAGUAAUACAAGGAAAACCAACUGAUUCCCACAAUGAAGUUUUGUACCCUGGUCCAGGGCCUUGUAACCAUAAGAGAACUCCGCCUGCAACCGAACAUUCGUCCAUCCAUAUGCUCCUUCAAUCAGAAUAUGUGCACAAUGUCGUAUGCAAAUCUGUUAUGAUGUCAAGGAACAAUACAUCUUGGUCCAAUAUGAUGCUUUUCGACAAAUGAAAAUAUGACACGACAGGGAAGUCUAUAGUAGUUGGUAACCAACAAUUGAAUGUCAACUGUUGUUGUAGAGAAUAUUACUUGGUUAACUAGCAUGCAAUGCUUUUGCCAAUGGUUAUUAUUUUUUAUACAUUAAUUCCCAUGCUGGGUUUAACUAGCAUGUCAGGCCUAUGAUGUAAUGAUGAUGAUAAUUGUCUCGAUCAUACGUGCAUCUGUUUCAUUACCAAGUUGAGAAGCGUUCCAGCUAUCUAUUACUAAAUAAGAAACCAUAUUUCAAAAGUGUGAAGGAUACGUCCAGAAGAGCACGAAAGACUGCAUAGAAAAACAAAAACGAAAUGUCAAG